AUGGACACUAUUAAAUAAAAAUGGAAAAACUAUACACUUUAAAAGCGUCUGAAAGAUCUAUGGGAGGAUUACAAGAAAGUUUCAAAUUUGUCUGAGGAUCCACAAACACUCAAGAAAUUUUAACAAUUUCUAGAAUAGGCAAACAUAACAAUUAAGAAUUUUUUAAAAAGCAAUGAUCAACAGUUAGAAGUCAUCUUAGGUGAUGCUAAUUAAGUCUUGGUAGUAAUAUUGGAUUAUUUGAAUAAAUUUCCUGAAAUCUAAAAAAGAAAUGCAGACCAAGGGCAAUUGGUUUAGGACAUUAUGGAAUAAUGCAUUUAAUUGGCUGAAUAAAUUUUGAGAGAACCAAAGUAUCGUAAAAGUGUUGAAAAUUCCCAUAAUGUAUUGUCCGAUUUUCUGAAUUUAAUUGAAAAAGCAUAGAAAACUGAAUCUAAGGUUCUUAUCAUAAAGCUGAUCGUUUUAUUUUCAGAGAAUCUCAACUAAAGGAUUGAAUUUUUUGAAUAAUAAGGAUUCCACAAAUUGCUCUCAAUAUUGAUGAAUAAAGAUCCACAACUAAAUCGAGUAAUAUCUAAGGCGCUCUUGCAUUUUUUACUUAUAGAAGAUAUAAAUCAAGUUGUGAUAUGUAAUGUAGAGGAUAGUCAAGAAUAAACAAUAAAAUAAAAAUUCAGUAAAAUAGCAGGGUCAUUGAGAUCCUUUGCAUUUCAAGAACUCUCCAAAGUGUUUCUUCCCACUCAAAAUAAUAAGCAGUAGAGUAUAAAAUAGUUUUCUGUAGAAAAGAAGGAAAUUUUAACCUUAUAAUAAGCAAUAGAGCAAUAGAUAAGUUUGCAAUCUAUCUUCGAAGUUGAUUUAAGUUUCUAUAUGAAUUCUCAAUCAAUAAGUAGAUCAACUUCAGAUUAGGAUCAGAAUAAAAAUGAAAUUUAUGAAAAAAUUAUCAGUAUUAGCAGCACUCCUCCAGAAAGACUUGCCUUAUCACUGACUCAAUCUGAAAGAUCUUAGUCUGAAGACAUACUUAAAGAAUUUCAAGUUCUUUAAGGUGGAUUCAAGGCCAUAUUAGAAACACUUGAAAAAGCCACAUCUGAAGUUUAAGUUGAUUUGCUUCAAACUGUUUAGCAAAUUCUUUAAAAUAAUGCGAGAAAUAAAAUAGAGUUUAAAAGAGUGAACGGUUAUCAAAUAUUAAGCGAUUUUAUCAGCCAUAAGGAUUUAUAAGAUGAAUAAUUUUAAUAAUAGUUCUAUAAUUUCUUAAAACAAAUAUCAACAACAGAAACAGAGAUUGAUGAUUUGGAUGCAUUCACUUUGAUGCUUGAAUUAUUACCUAUAUAACAGGACAAAAUUCUAAAUAUCAUUGUUGAAGUUUUAAAUAUGAAUUGGAAGAAUGUUAUAAUUGCAAAGAGAUUAAAAUUGUACUAUUAUUUAGCCAUCAUUCAAAUCAGAUAAUACUUAUCAUCUGAUUAAAUUUCUGAGAAGUUCUGCAACAUUGAUAAUGAGUAUAUGUUUACUAAUUUUAAAAACAUUUUAGUAAAAGUUAAAUUUCAAUAGUCCGAUGAAAUAUGUCAAUAACUAUUUCAACUUUAUGAAUAAUUAAAUUCAUUAGAAGGAUUUUAUAGUCUUGAAUUUGAAGCUAUUUAAAGUUAAUUAGCCAUUUUAUUUAUUGAUGACAUUGAAAAAUUUAAAUAGAUUGUUGGAUUUGCAUUCAAAAUGAUAGAAAUUAAAAUGAGUAAAAAAUGCAGAUACAUGAAUUCCUUCGACCAUUAAAGUGAAUUGGCAUUUCGAAAUUUCAGUAUUAUCUUUGAUAAAAUAUAUCAUACAUUUUUGUAAGCCAAAAAAAACAAUAUGCAAGAUGCUAAGGAUUAAUCUAAUUAUGUGUUUUUUAUAUAAAUAGUUGAAAUUAUUAAUAAGUUUUUAGGAUGCGAGCACAAUGUAUAAAAACAGGAAGUAGAUAUAUUUAAAAAUAUGGUUAGUUAAAAUAGAUGUGAGUAAUUUAUGAAUUUAAUCAAACCAAAUCUCAAAUUAAUUCAAAGUAAGUAGAUUCUAGAACUAUUUGAUUUUGAAUACAAUGAAAAAAGCAAUUUGGCAAUUGCUCAUUUAUAAUUCCGUUUGAAUUAAGUAAUGUUUAAUUCACUUGCAGGGAUCAUGAGGCAUAACGAUUUAAAAAUAGAACCUUAAAUGGUCAUAUAUUUAAUCUAUUCUCAAUAUGAAAUGUGGAAUGCUUUAGAGUAGCAACCACUCAAUCCAAUAACUCCUCUAUUGGAAUUCUUAAUGGAUAUUUCAAAGUUAAAUCCAUAAUAUUUAUAAUGUAUUUCCCACUUUUUUUUCAAAAUCAAACUGCUAGAUGAAAACACUCUUGUGAUUGAAAAUCUUAUAUAAUUUCUAAAGUAAAAUGAUUUUAAAAAUUAAGAAUUAAUAGUAAAUAUGCUUAUUUCGAUUUGCAAGAAUUUGCCAUAUUAUUUCGAUAUGGUAAAUCUCUACCCUGUUUUAAUUUAAUAUAUAGAAAUAUACUUAAACAAAGUGGAUUUAGAGUAAUGGUUCGAUUUUGUAUUUUCAGGAGAAACAAUAAAAAAAUUAAACGAAUAAAAUUAUGGAGCGACGAUGAGUGAUAUUCUCAGUUUGUUAUCAAUUCAUAGUAUGUUUUAAGACAAAGUACUUGAUAAAAUGAUCAACGGAGAAUAUUUAACAAACUCGUUUGCUACCCUUUAAUAUGAAACAACAAAGGAGCAAAGCAUUAAAUUAUCAAAUAUAUUAUACUUACUGAAUGCUAAAAGCAACAAGAUAAAGAAUCCCAUUUAUGGUAAUAAAUAGAAGUUUUUUCAAUUGAUAUAGAAGCUAAUAAAUGCAGAAGAGUUUUCAAAUUAAUUAUGUAAUACAGUAUACAAGCUUGUGUUUUGGAAUUUUGACAGUUAUCAUCUCCUUUACACUGAAAAUAGUAGCAAUGUUUCUUCAGUAAUGGGGAGAAGUGAGUUUGCAGAAAUCAUCUAAAAAACUCAGAAACAAUAUUUAGAAAAUAAGCAACCCAUUUAACACAUAACAAAUUUAGAAUCAUUGGAGUUAUUUUUUUUGAUGUUAGGCAAAAAUAAUUCUCAAAGUUACAUAAUAGAAGUUUUGAAAAUAUUUGAAUCUAUUUUGGAUAAUUAAAAUUUAGCUACUUUAUUAGAUUCUAAUAUUAUUUAGAGUUUAUGUAUGUUAUUGUAAAAUACGGAUAAGAGAAUUCUAUAGCAGAUAUAUAAAAUAAUAAGAACAAUCAUUUAAUAUGAUUUGAGUAAAUCUACCAAAUUGAAGAUUAUUGAUAUUUUAAAGAGACAUGAUGAUGCAUCUCAUAUAUUAAUAGACUAUUUAAAAGAUUUAUUAUAAAAUCCAGUAAUUAAAAAUGAUUACAUGACCUAUUUAAAAAAUUUCGACUUUUUAGUAAAGAAUUUCGAGGAAUUAGUUGGUUUUAAUGAAGAAAUUGAUAUUUUAUUGUUCCAGAUAAUCAAUUUGAUGGCAUCUAAAAAUUCACCAGAAAUACGAUCAGUAUUAAAGCAGCUGAAUCUAUUUGAAUUUAGAGACAAUUUGGCAUUGUAAAUAAUAAAAUAUAAAAUGGAACCUUAAUAGUUAAUGGAUAUUCUAUCAGGAGUUCCUUUUGCUUAAUUAUGUAACAGUAGAAACUUUAAAGAAUCUCAUUGCAUGGCUUAUUUAUUGUAGAGAUUAAUUUAACACAAGGAUCAUUUCGGUUUAACACUCUUAAUUAUUAAGAUUUUAAAAUACGAUAUUUCAUCAAUAGAGGAUAAUAGAAGGUAUGUAAGUAAGCUUCUUCAAAAUGAUUAAUUGAUUAGUUUCUUUUAUCCUCAAAUGCUGAGAAAAUCAAGCAAAAGUUUAAAAUGUUUUGAUUAAGAUGAUCAAAAAAAUUAAAGAUCUAACUCACCAGAAACAGAUGCAGCAUUUUCUCAGAACAUGACUGUAGAUCAAUUUCUAACCUUAUUUUUCAGUGAUAAAUUGUAGGAUGAAAGAUAACAAAUUAAAUUAACUUUAGAAAGAGCUCUUAUUCCAGUUGAAAGCGAAUACAAGAAAUAAAUAAUGAAAUAUAAUAUGAAAAAAUAGAAUCGAUUAGCUAAAUUAUCAGAACAAGAGUAAAGUGAUAAUUUAAGAAUUUAAACUUCAAAUAAUGAUUGGGAAUUUAAGAUAUAAUCUCGUUUAAAAAAGAGUAAUGAACGAUCUAAAAUGAGGAGCCAAAAAUAAUAGGAAUAGUUUGAAUAAUUGUUGGCUGAUGGUGAGAACUAAUGGUUUAAAUUGUGUUUAGGAUAAUGA